AGAGAAACUCCCCUUCUGUGCUUAUAUUGUUAAUUUUCAGUUGAUAUAAAUUAAUGAUUCGAGACCUUUCUUGACGUUGAUAAUCCAAUCUUGUAUUGUCUUAUAAACGAGCGAUGUUAUUCCAAUCUUGUAUUUUAUUGCAAUUUUUUUUGUUUAUUGCAUCAGAGAAUCCUGCAAUGUUUCAAGGGGUGUCUCGCAUAAAAGAAAAUGUCAUUGCUCAAUUCUCUGAGAGCAACAGUAUAUUUUGUGAGCUUCAGUGCGCUGUACACCGCUUUUGUGUCGCAUAUAAUUACAAGAAGAAAGUUGAUGAAAAAGAGUUGAAUUGUCAGCUAACUAACACAACAGAGCAUAAAUUUGACGAGGAUAAAGUUGCCAAGGAAGAGCAAGAGUGGACGUUCUACGAGAUUAACGUGGACAGAAGUCACUUUGCAACCUGCAGGAAAGAAGUGAAUGAAUGUCAUAAUGGCGGCGCCAUGAUUUGGGGUCCGAAAAAGAAGUUCACCUGUAAAUGUUUAAAGUGUUAUAAUAGUAAACGGUAUAUAUUUCAAUAA